GAUACAGCAGCAGCUGGUGCUCCCGGCCAGGGCUGUGCGCGCUCUCUCUGCCUCUCUCUCUCCGACUCUCUGCUCUCUCUCUGACUCUCCCCUCUCUCUCUGUUGGCCUGGUGAAAUGUUCUUGGCUGUGGGCACACGGAACCUUGGACUCGAGGCUGUUGGAGCGGAGGAGACCUUGACUUUGGUCCUGGAGGUUGAAAUUCUGUCUCUGAGACGCUAACAAUCUUCCUGCAGUCGCUGCUCCUCCCCAGCAGCCCCCUCCUUGCCAAGGACGGUCCAGAAGGAGCCCCACUGGGGCCUCCCCCCACAGCAAAGCAGAUCUCACCUCCCACUACCAGCGUGAAGUCAGAACAGCCAGAGGAAAUUCUGCCACCAUUUUCCCAGAGCUGGUCUGCAGCCCCUCCGUCUGGGAACCUGCUCCUGGAGUCAGCCCUCUGCAAACAGAGAGCCCAGAGUGCCUCGGGGAAAAUUGGCUGAAUAAAAGAGCGAUCAGGACGCCACGGCUCCGCCUGAAGCAAUGGCCCAGCCCUACCCCCCUGCCCAGUACCCCCCUCCGCCACAGAACGGCAUCCCUGCCGAGUAUGCCCCGCCCCCGCCGCACCCCACGCAGGACUACUCCGGCCAGACCCCGGUCCCCUCAGAGCAUGGCAUGACCCUGUACACACCAGCACAGACCCACCCCGAGCAGCCAGGCUCCGAGGCCAGCACACAGCCCAUCGCCGGGACCCAGACAGUGCCGCAGACAGACGAGGCGGCACAGACGGACAGCCAGCCGCUCCACCCCUCCGACCCUACAGAGAAGCAGCAGCCCAAGCGGCUACACGUCUCCAACAUCCCCUUCCGGUUCAGGGACCCCGACUUGCGGCAAAUGUUCGGGCAAUUCGGAAAAAUUUUAGACGUGGAGAUCAUUUUUAACGAGCGGGGCUCCAAGGGUUUUGGGUUUGUAACUUUUGAAACUAGCUCAGAUGCUGACCGAGCCCGGGAGAAGCUGAAUGGGACGAUCGUAGAGGGACGGAAAAUUGAGGUCAAUAAUGCCACGGCCCGAGUCAUGACCAACAAGAAGACGGGGAACCCCUACACCAACGGCUGGAAGCUAAAUCCAGUGGUCGGCGCAGUCUAUGGGCCUGAAUUCUAUGCAGUGACAGGGUUCCCCUACCCCACCACCGGCACAGCCGUUGCCUACCGGGGCGCACAUCUUCGGGGCCGGGGCCGGGCCGUGUAUAAUACGUUUCGGGCUGCACCACCCCCACCCCCCAUCCCGACUUAUGGAGCGGUCGUGUAUCAGGAUGGAUUUUAUGGUGCUGAGAUUUAUGGAGGCUACGCAGCCUACAGAUACGCUCAGCCCGCUGCAGCGGCAGCAGCCUACAGCGACAGUUACGGCAGAGUCUACGCAGCUGCCGACCCGUACCAUCACACCAUCGGGCCCGCGGCAACCUACAGCAUUGGAACCAUGUGAAACCUUCCACCGUUUCCUUCUCGGACCAUGAAGGGCAAAAACAAAAAAACAAAAAAAAUCACAAAACAAAAAAAACAAAAAAAGAUGUUAAGAUCCAAGCAACAACAACAAAAAAAACCAACCAAACCAAGAGGCAUCCAACCAAGUCCAAGUCCCGCGUCCUGGCCACACGCCCGCACCGAGGGAGCACGCCGGCAGGGGCGCCGAGGAGCGGCCCCGGGACUGGACGGCCCCACCGCGUCCUGGCUGGCAGCGCAGUGGGAACACGCCCCUCCGUCUCAGGCAGUGGGGGAGUUGGAGGGGAAGGGGCCUCCCUUGCGGGGCCCGUGGGGGGCUCUGUUUUCCAUCCAGUCUUCCUUUCCCAGCCCCCAACUCCCAAGGCAGUGUGGAGCCCAGCGGCGGCAGAGCAGGCCCGGGGCCUGAGCAGGGAGGUGCUGCUAGCAAGACUUGAUCUUUGUGGCCAGCUGUGCCGGGGGGCCGGCGGGGCUGGGGGGUGCGGGCAGCUUUCAUCCCAGGGGCUCCACUGGGCCCCAUCACCCUCGUGUCGUGUCCCCUGCGUCCCACCUCCCUCAUGCCCGGCAGUCCCGCCCGUGCCCCCAGCCUGGCGAGGAAGCCGUCCAACAGUAGCCCCGGGACCAACUCCUGACAGGAAGGGCUGAUGUGGCUCCAGGACUCAGGGGCGCUCCAUGGGAGGACGAAGGAAGUCCAGCCAGCCAGGAGCCACUCCUCACACCUCCGAGUGUGGCCAAGUGGGCCCUGAGGCCAAGGACUUGCUCUUCCUGGCCACCUCUCCCUUUCUGGAGGUGGCCUGGGGCCUGUGCACACCAAGGCUGACCUCGUGCUGCCUGCUGGGACCCAGCCCUCCCUGCCGCUCCCCUGCGAGCCCAGUCCACUGUGGGCGGCCAGGGACGGGCCAGUGCCCAGCUGCGCCUCAAGGUUGGGAGUCUCAGUGGCUGUGGGCCUGGACCGGCACAGCCAGAGCAGAGGCCCAUGGGAAGGGCAAGGGAUGGGGAAGCCUGGGCCGGCCCUUUCGCUGCUCCCAAGGCAGGUGUCCAGGUGGCAGGAGCAGCCAAGCUCACCUGGUGGGAGAAGCAGAGCAGGUGGCAGGGAGGAGCUCCUGGCAAGGCAGGGAGCACUGAAGUAGGGAAGCAGCAAAAAAUACAGGCUCCCGAUGUGACUCCACUGUCUCAUGAAACGUCAAAAAUUUAAAAAUACACCUCACUUUCUAUUCAGCAUCAGCUACUGAAGCUAUCGAAAUGGAAUUCUCCUUUUCUAUUCCCGUUGUACAUAGCCCCACGCCCUGCCUCUGGCUUUGUCCUCUGUACAGAGCCCCCUGUCCCCUCUGCUGUUCCGGACCCUUUUCUUGCAGCAGCUCAACCCCCUGACUCAGAUCCCCAGGACUGCAGCCGAGCCCCGGGCUUCCUUUCUUACCAUUCUGUAUGCUUCCAAGGUGUGACCAUUCCAACUAACAGUAUUAUUAAGAUGAUUAAUAAAGAUUUCUUUCUUCAAACCAGGA